CCUCCUCUGUACUGGGGGAGAGUCUGGUGUUUGUCAGAAUACCGGUAGCAAGGGAAACGCCCUGCAGCCGUCAACUUUCAAGGAAAUCAGCUGUCUGUGUCAUCAUGGGAUCUGAAAGUGAAGAUGGGUAUAUAAACGCCAUGCCCCAGAACUCUUCCUCUCAGGAGAACAUCGCUUCUUGUACUGUACUGUACGCGUGCUGUAACACCUUUUCUCUCACCCGAUCAAGCCAUUCAUCUCUAGGCCACUUAACAGAAAAAGCAAAGGAGAAACAUACCGCAAAACACAUUCUACAAGUUUGCUCUGUUACCUUUCUCGGACCGCCGCAUAACUUUGUUGUUCACUCAACCCCGCUUUUCUCUCGAGGAGGUUUUUUAAAACCCCCUCAUCCGUUACCAAAGAGCCUACGAAUCCUUUAUUCUAUCAUUUUUGGAACUCCCAAAAAAAGAAGUCUAGACAUGGCAAGUAUUUCUACUAUCACUCCAUACACUUCCUACGGAAACCCGCAUACUUCCACGGGUGCCCUUGUACGCGGCGGUGUUAUCGAUGAGCCCGUUGUCGAACAUGAACACCAUCACGUUCAUCACCAUAUCGAUCAUGGCAAUCCGGUAGCCGGUGCUCUUGUCAGGCCCCGUGUUGCACGCGAGUAUUCCUAUGACGACCUUCACGACCGUGAACGCAGAUAUGGUAGUGGUAUGAGCUUGGGUAGUUUUGGCCACCACCAUGGCCACCACUAUGGGCACCGUCAUCGUGGGCUCCUUGGGGGCCGGUUUGCCCGAUCAGAUAUCGAUCUCAACCUGGAUGCAUCAUAUAGGCAUCGGCGAAGAAGCAUCUAUGAUGAUAGAGAUUCGGAACUUGCAAUUAUUGAUGUUCCUGCUGGAACCCGUCGAGUGACUGUCGACAUGGGUCGGGAGGUUGAUAUCAACUGGAGGCGGGAUAACGGCGUUCGGAGAUCAAGGGGAUUGGGGAGUGAGCUCUGGACCGAGAUCACUAAGGACCUUGUCACCAGAGAGGCCAUUGAGGAAUGCGGAUACCCGUAUGAGGAAACUGAGUUCUUCUACUAUAUCUUUGAUUACCUGCACCGUGAGCAGAUCAACGAGUUAGUGGAUCUCACCCACGAGAUUCGCAGACAUCGUAUCCGAGACCUUGAGUAUGAGUCGAUUGGCGUAGGUCACCCUCGCUUUGACAGGCGACUAGAUUACGAUCGCGAGGAGACUCGCACCGAGAUCGUUAUUGAGGGUGGCCACAGGGGUCAUCGCCGCCGCAACCGCUAUUACUACUAAAUGCUUCCCCUGAACGCUGUAUUGCGUUCGAUAUUUGAUCAAUUUAACGACGUGACGACCUAGAUUGGUUUUUUCCUUCCGGUGUUUCGUCCGAGGGCUUUUUUUCUCCUACAAAUGUUUUCUUUUUACAUCUCACUUUUGCAAGAUUUUUCAACCAUUUUCGUUUUCUUCUGGCCGCUGCACUUACUUGUUCCCGAGUUUAGUGUCGUGCCUAGUCCAAUGUAUUUCCUCUUUUUCUUUAACGACUUUCCGUUUUCUUGUCCCAAUAGUAUUCCCUCUCUAUUCUACUCGUAUAAUGAUCUUGUAACCGGUAGUGGACACGUGAUGAUGGCGAACAUGUUUUCAUCUUCUGUAACUUGGGGGAAAGGGAAGUGGGUUAAAUCUUCGUGGAAUCGUACAUUUUCGUUCGCAAUAAACUUUUUGUUUCCGUCAAA